AUGGUGAAAUUCAAAGGAAGGAGUUCGCUCAGGCAGUAUAUGCCCAAAAACAACAAAACGAGGAUACAAGAUUUGGACAAAACUGCCGCGCUCCUCUUAUAUUUUGUAAGUCCUCAAGUUUCUUUAUUAUCAAACAGGUUUUCUUACGAUGUUGAUGAUGACGAUGACGACGACGAUGACAGUGACAACGAAAAUGACGAUGACGAUUACUAUAAUGACAAUAUCGAUGAUGAUGAUGAUGAUGAGGACUAUGACGAUGAUGGUGACGAUGACGAUGACGAUUUUGAUGACGAUGACAAUGACGAUGAUGAUGACGAUGACGUUGACGACGACGAUGACGAUGUGGAUGACGAUGACGAUUACGAUGAUCAUGAUUAUGACAUUAACGAUGGUGAUGAUGAUGAUGAUGAUGAUGAUGAUGAUGACAAUAACGAUGGAAAAAAUGACAAUAACGACGACGACGAUGAUGAUGAUGAUGAUGACGGCGACGAGAACACAGAUGAUGACGAUGACGAUAACGAUUACGAUGAUGAUGAUGAUGAUGACAAUAACGAUGAUGUUGAUGAUGACAAUAGCAGUGAUGAUGAUGAUAAUGACGAUGAUGAUGACUAUGACGAUGAUGAUGACAAUGACGACGACGAUGACGAUAUCGAUGAUAAUGACGAUGACGAUGAUGACAAUAACGAUGAUGAUGAUGACGAUGAUGAUGAUGAUGAUUAUGAUGACGAACGAUGA